UUUUUAGAUUUACUGAUUAAUUUAUAUAAAAUAUAUUUAUUUUGUAAUUGUUUUUAAUAUGUGUGAAGUCUGGAACCCAAGAAAUAACUCUCCAACACAAACUUUAUAUUCAUUGGCACGAGUUUUAGCAAUUCAAAAACAACCAUGGGAAAAGGUGCAAAAGCUGCUUUUAUUUUGUCCCACCAUUCCAAUGUUAACAACUGAAUCAUUUGUCAUUAAUCGUUUUCAAAAAGAUGCUAUUUUAUGCUUGAGUUUUUAUCUUGUGGCAUCUGAUUUGGAGCACAGUUCAAAAAUUCUCCCUUAUAUUAAUGAUGUUUUAAAAAGAAGUAUGUCUAUCAAAUGGAACUUAACAAAAAAUAAUACUGAUAUAGUACAUGAAAUAGAAGAUUUUAUAUAUCAUUUGACAAUAACAUUAAUGCAUGCAGAGGAAGAUGUAUCUAAGCAUGUAAAACUUUUAAUGGCUAUAAUUGAUGAAGUCACAUCUUUUACCAGCCUUAAUGAAACUGGUACAGAAGGAUUUUUAAAAUAUUGUUUUCCAACAAUCUGUGGAUUGUUAAAAGGUGUUCUAAGACUCCCAACAAAAGAAAAGCUUGUUACUGAUCUUUCACAUUCAUAUAAAACAAAUGUUAAUCAUACAAGCUAUGGAUUAAAAACCAAUGUUGAGGAAUCGCUUAUAGAAUUUUUAAUCAAAAAGUUACUUGGAUUAACAGAGAGCCAUAUCUUUACAGAAAUCGAUAAGCAGAAAAAUUUACAAGUUAUUAAAGAGAAAAGCUCAUUCAUCAAAUUAUGGUAUCAUCAUACCAUUUAUCAUUCUACUAUUUUUUUAAAAGAGUUGUUGUCAUUGAAAAGAGAAAAACCAUUUUAUGACAUAAAGCAGAUAAGCAAGUGGAGCAGAAGUUUGUUUAACAGCUGCUAUAAAUAUCUAAGUGAGAAUAUUAAACCAGGAAACAUAUUUCAGAGUUUUAUUUCAACCUUAAACAGUUGCAUGGAGAUAAUGGUCAAUUUAAUUGAAGAUGAAUCUGAUGCAGAAAGCACAAACCAGUUUAUAAUUGAUCAUUUUAAUACAACAAAAGAAAAAACAAAUUUGUUUCCAUCCUCACCAUAUUUAAUUGUAUGUUGUCUGAAUGGUUUGGGAUUGAUUUCAUUAAAAUAUCCUUUUAGUUGCAGUUAUAUAUUAGAAAUUAUACAGAACUUUUUAAUGAAACCAUCAACAAUAGUUAGAGUGUUUUCUCAACAGAAAACCUCAAAACAAACACCACAAGUGGUUGUCACAAAAGAUACUACAAAUAUAAAUACUCCUAGUACAACAAAAGAAGAAUGUGGUUAUGAUAUCCUUGUGGAAGCUACAAUAAGGAAUUGUAUAUGUUGUCUUCAAGGUGGUUUUCAUAUCGAUAAAAACUUGAUUCUUCAGUUUUUAAAUUCAAUGGCUAAUCAAAUAUACCCAACAGGAAAGACUGAUGAUCAUACUCCGAUGCGCCAACGCAAUGCCAUUUUAAUAAUUGGGGAAAUAGGUGUGUCUAUGAAGGGUUACAAUGGUGCUCCAGAAGCAGCUGUCACAGUUUUACAACAACGGUUUCAUAAUCCAGCUACUCAAUUGGAUUCAUUAAUGGUUGAGCAAUUUACUAGAAUAUUACUGUCAUGUAUGGAUAACUGCUACCAACCUAUAAUGGAUAUUUUUAUAAAAAUAACUCGUGACUCAAGUGUUGUUACUUAUGCAGUAGGAAGUACUGAAUUUACUCAACAGCAAUCUUACAGGUACUGUUCACUUCCUGUUAUCAAUGCUCUCAAUGCAAUUGCAUCAACAAUGAAAAAUGAUUCUGCAAUCAGAGAUGACUUUUUGGUUCGUCUUUUGGAAUUAUUUAUUCAUUUAGGUCUUCAAGUUCGUAUACUCAGCGAAACAACAAAAUCCAAGGCAUCAUCUUGUGCUGGUAAUUUAGGUGUUUUGUUACCAAUUAUAUCAUCUCUAAUUCAUAACUUUCCAACUUUGUAUAAUCCUGCUCCUCGUCUACAAAAAUUGUUUCGUGACUUUUGGAUGUAUAUUGUAUUGUUUGGCUUUGGAGUUGAAGGUUCUAGCUACUGGCCUCAGAAUUGGUUUGAAGCUGUUAGAAAAAUUGCAUCCAAGUCCCCACUACUUCUUGGCACUGACCAUUUGAGGGAACUGAACUAUGGGCUUGCACUAAAGAAUGAAGAAGUGUCUGAAGGUGAUGUAAGUCAACUUCGUGUUUCGCUAUUAGAAAAUAUCGGCCAUGUUCAAGAUUUUCAACCAUUAUUAAAUAGACUACAGUUUGGUGCUACUGCUUUUUUAUACAGUGUUUAUCUAUUGGAAAAUCUUCGAGUUACUAUAGACAGCUGUGCGGUGCAGAAUUUAUUUGAAUAUUUGCAAGAUCGUGCUAUUCAAAAAGAUAAGAACGAUGUUUGGAGAUGCAUGAGACUCACAUUUGAUAAAAUAUUUGCAAAAUAUCUUAAUUUAAUGGUGCAAAAACCACGAUGUGCUGAACGAGAGAAGGAACUUGAAAAGCAUGCACAAUAUUUUUUAGUUAUGUUUAAUCAUACCCAAGAAAAAAUUCGAAGGGUUGCUGACAAAUAUUUUUCACUUCUUGUUGACAAAUUUCCACAUCUUCUUUGGAAUCAAGUUGUACUAAAAACUAUGCUUGAUCUUUUGCAUAUACUAUGUCAUAGAACUAAAGCAAUGGAGAACCAACUAAUUUCAAAGCUAAUCAAUGUUCCUCAUAGUAGCUUAACACUAAAGUUAUCUCAAGAACGCACUGUUCGAGAGCAAAUAGUUAAAGAUUUUACAGAAAGGUGUAAAGGAAUUGUGCAAGAGGCAUUUAAAUGGGCAAGUGAGGCCACAUGGUCAUUGUUUCAGCAAUAUAUAAUUGAUAAAGAAGAUGAAGAUUGUCUAGUACAUUAUGGUAUCAGUUUACUCAGCGAAGUGAUGUCUCAUUUUGAGAAAGAAUCUAUUUCAGAUUUAAAAUAUCCUGGAUUAAAUUCAAAAAUUUUUCGAUCAGGAGUUCAAAUACGAAGUAGAUACUUAGGCGAGGUGAUUGGGCUACAUAAAGCAUUUUCAACAAUGGACACAGGAAAUAGUAAUGAUAUGCUGAUUGACAUGUUAUGCAAAGAAUUUAAAGGUUUACAGGAAGGAUUACAUGAUAAUUAUGCAGUUGUUAUGUAUAGAGCCACAGCCUGCUUAGUCUCAUCUAAAUUAACAAAUAAUUAUUUGCUUCACUGCAUAUGCUGGAUGCCAUCAAUACUGUAUACUAAUGAAUCACUACAAAUAGCUAUUGCUUGCUGGGACUGGCUGUUUGCAACCAGAGCUGACAUAGAAGUUCAGAUUCAGCAAGAGUUAAUUGGUGCUUGGCUUUAUAUGGUUAAUAAUAAAAUGGGAAUGUACAGUGAAGAUGUUGUGUUACCUAAUCCGCUUGCAACAUCCUAUGAAGAUAGAAUGAAUAUGUUAAAAGAAUAUGAAGAUGUUCAAGAUAUAUGGCUUCAGUUUUUUAUUCGAAGAUUUGAAGUUGUUUGCUAUUAUAGCAAAGAACAGGCUUCAAUGUUCGUUUUAAUGUUAGUUGACUCACUAACUGAAGCAGUUGGAAAGAAUAGCAAAAUAGCACAUCACAUUAAUUAUAUUCAAGCUCGUUUUCGUCUCGCUCGCCUUGGUCUUCAUAUUUUGCAGUCAACUCAUUCUAUGGCUCCAGUUGUUGUUAGUGUUUUACGAGAAAUGGUUUACCACACAGCACUCGAUUAUUUUUCAUUUCCAUCUACUUGGCCUAAACCAAAAACUGAGAUGUUAGGAAGAAGCAUUACUUUAUUAAUUGAUUUUUGGAAUGCAUUAAAUGCUGAUAAGCGUUUCAUUAAAUCGUUGAAUAUAUUGUCUACUUCACUUGAUUGUGUUUUGAAUGAACCAGUUAUUGAGCAAACCCAAAUGACAACCUCUGAUUCCUUGAGAGUAGAGCAGCAGAGCUGGCUUAAUUUACAAGGAAGGACAAGUUCAUUAAGUACAAAUAUUGCAAAAAAAACAUAUUAUACCUCAAGAACCAAAGAAAGUGGGGUAUUAACAAAAGAAUUACUAAAAAAACGGAUUCUGAUUCUUGCUGCUCUACGUAGAGAAAUUGAAAGACUUUUGGUUUGGAGAAAUCCUAAAAAUGUACCUGAGCUAAGGGUUCCUAAUGAGGAUACUGUUCAUCUCUGGGCUAGUCAGAUAUCUCUUACAGAUAAAGUGUGGAAAGAGUGUAUUAGAACAAUAUGGAAGUGUUGUCCUCAAGUUGCAGUUUAUAUUGCCCUUCGGUUCAUGGAAGUGUCUGUUGUACUCAAAGAAGUAAAUCUACUUGUUCAAGCAAACCCACUCUUAGUUUGUCAUGUUCCAGAAGCACUUCAAUUUUUAAUAGAUGAAGCUACAAUUCGACAAGACAAGCAUGCUCUGCUAUAUAUAUUGAUUUGGGCUAUUGUGUCUCCUGUAAAUGCUAUAUCGUUUUUCUCUCAACAAUUCCCUCCACAUCCUUUCACUGCACAAUAUGCUGUUCGUGUACUGCAAUCUUAUUCAACAGAAACAAUGCUGUUUUACAUUCCUCAAUUAGUUCAAGCCCUGCGAUAUGACCAUAUGGGUUAUGUAGAAAAAUAUAUUUUGUGGGCAUGUAAGAAAUCUCAGCUACUGACUCACCAGUUUAUUUGGAAUAUGAAAACAAAUAUUUUUACUGAUGAAGAAUCAGUUAAUAAAGACCCAGGUAUUGGUGAUAAACUUGAGAAUCUUAUAAACCAAAUCAAGUUAUCUUUGUCUGGUCCAUCUCUGGAUUUCUUUAAACGAGAGUUUGACUUUUUUGAAGAAAUAACAAAAAUUUCAGGCGAAAUAAGACCAUAUCCAAAAGGGGAUGAGCGUCGGAAAGCAUGCCAAGAAGCUUUGAAAAAAGUUUCUCUAAAACCUGGUGUUUAUCUACCUAGCAAUCCAGAAGGAAUUGUAGUUGGCAUUGAUUAUAAUUCUGGUAUACCAAUGCAGAGUGCAGCAAAAGCACCUUUUUUAGCAAGAUUUCAAGUUCAAAAGUGCAGUAUAAAACAGUUAGAAGAAUUAAAUACAACUUGUAAAAAUGCUGAAGUUGUUGAUGGAUUAAGUGAUGAAGAGGUGUCAGUUGGGGAAGUGUACACAUUAGGGUGUAUAUUUAAAGUUGGUGAUGAUGUGAGACAGGAUAUGUUGGCUCUUCAGUUUAUUGACCUUUUUAAAAAGAUAUUUGACCAAGUUGGCAUGGAUCUUUAUCUUUCUCCAUACAGAGUUGUUGCAACUUCCCCUGGGUGUGGUGUUAUUGAAUGUGUCCCAAAUGCAAAAUCGCGAGAUCAACUUGGUCGUCAAACAGAAGUGGACUUAUUUGCUUACUUCAUUAGCACAUAUGGCGAUGAAGAAUCUCUACUCUUCCAAGAGGCACGCAUGAACUUUAUUCGAAGCAUGGCAGCAUACUCUGUGAUUAGUUUUUUACUUCAGAUUAAAGAUCGUCAUAAUGGCAAUAUUAUGAUUAAUAAUCAAGGGUUCGUUAUUCAUAUAGAUUUUGGAUUUAUGUUUGAGUCUUCUCCUGGUGGAAACCUGGGGUUUGAACCUGACAUGAAACUGACACCUGACUGGGUGCAGCUCAUUGGAGGUGAUAUUGAAACACCAAGUUUCAGAUGGUUUAUGGAGCUUUGCGUUCGUGCUUAUUUAUCAGUUAGACCCCAUACAGAGGCGUUUGUGUCUUUGGUUGCAUUAAUGUUGGAUACUGGACUUCCAUGUUUUCGUGGAGAGACUCUGAAAAGAUUGAAACAGCGAUUCGCGCCAACAUUAACUGAACGACAAGCUUCUGAAUAUAUGAUUCAGAUUAUCAAAGAUUCAUAUCUAAACAAAAGAGCCCGUGCAUACGACCUCAUCCAACUGGUGCAAAAUCAAAUUCCCUGCUAAUUAGGUUUUUACUUGUUUUGAAGUUAAAAAACAAGUUUAUUAAUAGAAGCGUUUAAUUGAUUUUAUUUUUAAUUAAAAUUUGAUGUAAAUUUAGUUGACAACUAUGGUUUUUGAUCGUUCUGUUAAAUCUGUAAAUUUCUUUCAUGGUAUAUAUCAUAAUUUUUUUAAAUUAUUCUUG